UCAGGUACUCUGAAGUAAGCCGGGCGCUAGUCAGUCGAGCGCAAUUCACACACAGAAAAUGACUCUACAUUGGUUCUUAGUGGUGUUCAUUCAAAUAUUACAUUCAGUGCAUUCUGGUAACGUUAGUGAAAUAAAAAAUAAACAGAAUGCAGAGUCGAUACUUGAUUACCACUCAAUGCCGGCUCUGUCUGAGCUGGACGACUUCGAUCUAUGCCUGAAGAAUCCUGAAGCAUUGUAUUGCAUUGUGGAUAUGGUGCUAAUGGAAGAUGACACGCCAUUGUAUCAAUUUAUUAAGAACUUCUCUUCGUUAUCGUACAAAAACUACAUGCACUCUAAGCUCCACCGAGGAGUCUGCGCGUCGCAAAACUGUGGACUUAACACAACGUACGCCAAUCAAACCGACACCACCGAAAAUGAAUUGAAGAGGUGCUUCAAUUCCAGCAUACACGAAGGAUACGGACUUCAAGUUGAGUCGCUCUCAGUGCGCUACUGCAAGACUCAAAACGAUUAUGUUCCACCCGAUCUUCUGGACUAUAUUGUUGGUGUUUUAUUGCUAGCUGUUCUCUUGGUCAACUUUGGUUGCUCCGCAUACGUAUACCUGUUUCCCGAUGAGAAGGAAAAAUGCAACAGAUACUUGAUGGCGUUUUGCGUGCAAAGGAAUUGGAAGGCCCUCAAAUAUGGCGGUAGUGCCGACGGUGGAAUCUUCAAAUGCUUUCAAGCGUUAAGAUUCUACACGAUGGUCAUGAUCCUUGGUCUUCAUUCAAUGAUAUUCAUUGGCUACGGUUAUACGGCAAAUCCUGAAUUUAUAGAAAAGUCAUACGACGACUUCUUCAAGUCGCUGCUGUUCAACGCCCGGGUCAUCGUUCAAAUAUUCUUCGUAAUGGGAGGCUUUUUGAUGGCAUACAAGAUGCUGGAGUAUGCUGAAACCCACCGGUUCACCCUUAAAACCGUUCCUAUGGCUCUCAUUAACCGGUGGUUUAGACUCAUUCCAGCAGUUUUAGUCGUGAUGGGCCUUGCGAUGACUUGGGUACCACAUAUGGGCUCAGGACCUAUGUGGGACGCCGUGGUGAAGAGAGAAAGAGACUUGUGCAGGAAAAACUGGUGGCAAUUAGUGAUCCUGAUGCCCAAUCUGUUCCCUUUUGAACAUUUAUGUCUACCACAAGCUUGGUACUUAGGAACCGAUACACAAUUAUUCUUGAUGACAUUGGUAAUAAUGCUGGUCAUUUGGCGUUGGCCAAGAAGCGGUGUGCCAGUUCUGUCUGUGGUCAUGGCUAUUAGUCUUCUUAUACCGUUUCUCCAGAGCUAUUUCAUGAAACUCCUCCCCAUCAGAGUCAGCAUUUUUCCAGAAUCCAUAAGAGACAUAUUCGGUUACAAUGACACAUUCUAUCACGCCUACGUGUCAGCGCAAGGAAAUUGGGCCGGUUACCAUUUAGGAGUUCUCACCGCUUAUUUCUAUAGAAAAGCCCAGAACCAAAAUUGGGAUUUGGGCAACUCUUUUCUAAUGAGACUUCUCUUCAUAGCUUCAGUACCAAUAGCUCUAGGUACUGUCCUAAUGGGCUGGGAUCUACACCACCGCGAAGCUUCGGUCUUUGAAUCAGCGAUCUUCAACGCUCUCAAUCAGAACUUUUUCGCUUUGGCCAUGUGUGUCUUCUUUAUUGGAUACUUCUUCAGAUGUAAUAAGAUUUACGUAAGCGCGGUAGAGUGGGGUCCCUUGCAACCCUUGGGAAGGAUGUCUUACUGCGCCAUGUUGCUUCACGCCACGAUUUUGAGGACCUACGGUGGUCAGAUGAGACGGUCUUUCUAUGCUACUGAUUACACAGCUAUUAUGCUUUACGCCGGAAUCGUAAGCACCACGUAUUUAUUCGCUCUGCCACUGUACUUAUUCGUUGAAGCACCCGCCUGCCAACUUCAGAAGCUCCUUCUGGGCCCAAAAAGACGGAUACAGCAAAAAGAAGACCUCAAUGCUAACCAAGUGAAGCCUGGAAUAUCUAAUGUCUCCGUAUCUACAGUUUCUACGCAUAUAUGAAGGUGGAACUUCCAAUUUUCCAAUCGAUUCAACCGUGUCUUCAUCUUCAUCUGUGACAAAUUUGAAUAUCGCCACUCAGUAAUUCGUUAUUUCAUUCCCUUAGUUCAUGAUAUAAGGUGUACCUGUUCGGUAAUUUUAGUGUUUUUUUUUAUCUCUUGGUACUGAGCUAUCACUUAGAAUUUGGCAGCAAACAGUUAAUGUCAACUAGUUGGAUUUAUUCUACUUUGUUAAUUUAGUGCUCCUUCAGGCUUAAAGCCUUGAUAAUAGCAGCUAUUAAAGUGCACAAGUGUAGUAAAUGAAACAUAAUAAUUCGAAAUUUUAUUUUUAUAAAAUUUUACUGGUGGUAGGACCUCUUGUGAGUGCGCACGGGUAGGUACCGCCUAUUUCUGCCGUGAAGCAGUAAUGAGUUUCGGUUUGAAGGGCGGGGCAGCCGUUGUAACUAUACUGAGACCUUAGAACUUAUAUCUCAAGGUGGGUGGCGUAUUUACAUUGUAGAUGUCUAUGGGCUCCAGUAACCACUUAACACCAGGUGGGCUGUGAGCUCGUCCACCCAUCUAGGCAAUAAAAAAAAAAAAGUUCAAGCAUUACCUUAAUAUCCCGUAAUAGCUUUCGAUAUUUUCAAAAAACUCUAUCGAAGUCUCUAUAUAACGUAAUUUUAAUUCAUUCGAACUAAUGACUAUAAAAUUGCUUUAAUUAGAUUAAGUUUGUAUCUUUUUUAAUAGGCUGGUUUUCUUGAAACUAAAUAAAGAGGUCUAUUAUCUUACUUCAGUUUAACAUUUUUUCCUUCCUUAUUACUUACAUGUUACUAUGUGUUUUUUCGAUUUAGCGCUUGUAAUGUAUACGUAUAAGAAUUGAUUAGAUAUAAAACAAUUAAAUUAUAAUUGGCCAUCUCUGUAAAAAUAGGAUAGGAAAUUUAUAAAUAAAAAAACUUUGUAAAUUUAUUUUAAAAAAAAUCACCCUUAACAUUAACAUUUUUACUAGUUUUUAAAUGUGCGAAUAUGUAUAGUACUAUAGUUUUUAUACAAAGUACAUUUGUAAUUGUAAAUGUGUAAUUAAAUAAAAAAAAAUCUGGAA